UGUGACGCAAGUGUGGAAAAUGGCGGAGGUGGAUUUUGGGGACAGCGAGCUCUUUCAGCAGUUGGACGAGAAUGUCGAGCCUCAGCCUGUUCAUAUACGUUUUAAUGACGCCGAGGACAGUGAGUUGGAGCCUAGCGGGUUACAGGAGCAGCUGGCCCGUUGUGAGGAGACCAUAGAGCACCUGCGGGCGGAGAAUCAAGAGCUCAAGAGAAAAUUGUCUGUUGUUUCACGGCCAAGCGGCUUAUUGGUGGAAGAUAAGUUUGAUGGACCUUUGGUACAGAUUCUUUUCAUGAACCAUGUUAUUUCAAAGCAAUUCCAUCAAGAAAUUGAGGAUUUUGUCUCAGAUCUGCUUCAAAAGUAUGAAGAACAGCAGAGGGCUAACCCUGAAAAAACAGCAUUCAAUAUUAAACCUCAGCCAUCAAGUUUUUUGUUGGAGGAUAAUGGGGGCUCCAAUGUGGAUACAAUUAAGAAAAUUAAAGAAGCAUUUAGUGUUGUUGGAAGUGUCCUAUACUUCACAAAUUUUUGCCUUGACAAGCUUGGCCAGCCACUCAUAAAUGAAAAUCCACAGCUGACUGAUGGUUGGGAAGUACCAAAAUACCAGCAAGUUUUUACACAGAUUGUGUCUCUAGACGGCCAAGAAGUACAAGUAAAGGCAAAAAGGCCAAAAGCAUGCUGUUUCAAUUGUGGCUCAGAAGAACAUCAAAUAAAAGACUGUCCAAAACCCCGAGAUAGUGCCCAUAUUGGUAUGAAGAGAAAAGAAUUCAUGAAUUCCUGUGCAGAAUCUGGUAACCAAAACUAUCAGCAACGAUACCAUGUUGAAGAAGAGAGAUUUGUAAGGUUUAAGCCUGGGGUUAUAAGCUCAGAGCUUCAGGAGGCCCUUGGAAUAACAGAUAAGCACCUUCCUCCAUUUAUAUAUCGAAUGCGCCAGCUUGGCUACCCUCCAGGAUGGUUGAAAGAUGCUGAACUGGAGAACUCUGGACUCUCUCUUUAUGACGGAAGAGAUACAAGUGAUGGUGAGAUUGAAGAAGAUCCUGAGGCACAGAGCAAGUCUGUAUCUUAUGAUUUAUCAAAGUUAAUCAGCUUUCCUGGUUUUAAUACUCCUCCCCUUUCUGGGGUUGCGGACGAUUGGAGGAAUUUUGGAUCAAUCCCAAUGCAGCCAACACACCAGAAAGAUAUUUUUGCCAGCUAUCUGUCUCAUAACUUUCCAAAACCCAGCAAUACCAGCCAGAAGAGAUCUUCGUCUCAUUCAGGUUCAGAACGGAAAAGACAGAAGACCUCCAAUAGCAAAGGGGAGUCACCCAUGGAUAUGGAGACAGAUUCAGAUGUGCCCUCAGGUUUCAGUUUUCAGCCUCCUCUCCCUCCCUAUUGUUCUCCACCUCCAAUGCCUCGUGGAACUCCACCUUCAACCCCUCGCAAUUUCAUCCCACCACCUCCACCAACGCCAACUCCUCCUCCACUUCCAAAAGGAACACCACCUCCCACUCCUAAUAGAGGCUCUCCAUUGCUUCAUUCUAGAGCUAGUCUUAGGGUUCAAGCACAGGCAGCGGAUAGUAUGGAUGAAGACACAUUGACUUUGGAAGAGUUAGAAGAACAGCAGCGUUUAAUUUGGGCUGCUCUUGAAAAGGCAGAGAGCACAAAUAGUGAAUCAGAUGUAAACACCACACCAUUAAAUGGCAAUUCUGUUGCCUCUUCACCAAUUAGGACUGAAACGGAAAGUGUCAAUGGAGGGAAAGUUAAGGUUCAAAAAAGUGUAACCAAGUCAACACCACCUGAUGCAUUCCUUGAAGCAGCUGGACAUGAGCCUGAUGAUGACAAAACUCAAAUUCCCAAAGGUAACAACUUGUUGAGUGAAAAAGAUGGUGACCUCAGUGUGGCAGAAGAUGCUGCAAAGCCUAAUGGAGCAGCUGCAGGACUUAAGGAGAUGCAAGAAGAGGAUGGAGAUGCUGCAGAAGAGGCAGCUUGUGUACCUUCUCCUUUAAAACCUGCUGUUCCAGACAGGAGUAAGUUUGCGGAGGGAAUCACACCAUUUGAGUAUGACAACAUGUCAGAGGCUACUGGCACAUACCUUAAGCUCAGAAGCGUGUUAAAGAAUUCUCCCCGAAACCAGCAAAAAAGCAAAAAGAAUGUGUAAUGAUAACCUAGUACA